GGGCUUGGAAUUUGCCUGUCGGGAGCGCCUUGGGUCGUCCACCGACUCCGAACUUUUUGGAGCUUUUCCGCCCACUUGAAAACACACAACCCUCCCUUCCCACAGCAAGCAGGACGAACGCCGCCACGGAAAAAACGCGCCAAAUUGCCGUCAAUAGAUGCGUUGUCGAUUGAGAGAACCGUGAAAACAAAGGGUGCGCGCCCACAGUGGCCGAGGCAAAAGGGGCAGACGCCCAGCCCGAGACAGAAUGCCCGCGUCGUCCAACAUCAAGCCCACUGCCCGCUCGCGUUUCUCGAGCCCACUGCACCUUUCUGCCAGCUCGCCAUCGAGUCAUAACAAAGGUUUAUCUACCGAGGGCCAAAGGACAUUUAUGCAGCGUUGGUUGGAACCACCGGUCCAGAACAAGGCGAGCUUUCAGGAGGCCGGUUUGAUGAGAGCUGGCGUGGUGGAAAACAUGGCACCCUUGGGCACGCUCCCCAAGGCUGCCACGGCCAAGAAGACCGCAGCACCUGCUGAGAACACUCCGGCUGCUCAGUCAGUCAAGCGUAUCGUGUUCAAGUCUUCAGCGAGGCCCAAGACACCGAUGGAGGAGGGCAAUGUGGAACAGCCCACAGCGGCUGGCCCGUCUCCGCCCAGGGACACUGGCGAUGCAACCAUAACCUCUCCAACACAGCCAAUUUUCCCCAUCAAUGGGCUGGAUGAUGAAGAGGAUGAGGAUUAUAUGCCAGUGAUGAACAAGGCGAGGGUGCGUCGCGCAGCGCGCAUCAAAAACGCGACACACCGUCCCAUAAGAUUCGGUCGAAGGAGUGGAGAUCGGCCGCAAAGCCCUGUUGCUCCCAAGAUUCACUCACCAACUCAACCCCCAACACCAUCGCUCACCUUUCAACCUCCCAAUCCCAGAUUUAAUCACAAGCCAGAGGACAAAGGACUUGCAGACAAGGUGGUCGAAGCUGCAGUGGAAGAGGCGCUUAGUCACUAUCGCUAUCCUACUGCCUGGGCCCUGCGCCUGCUCUACGAUGAAAACUCUUCAGAUCCGCGCUUCGUGUCCAUGAUUGAGGAUAUCUACCACCAACGAGCUGACGUCGAGACACUUCAGGAGUUUAACCGGCUUGUUGCCGACAAGAAGAAAGAAGGCAAGAAGGAAAACAAAGGCUGCUAUUACUUUGUGCCACCUUCCACCAACAGUCGCUUCACUCCGCACAAGCCCAAGGCUGCACCAUACGGUGGAUUGCUCACAAUGGAUCUUACCCCUGUGAAAGAAGCCAGCAUGGAGCUGGAUGGCCAUGUCAGCAAGAAGCUCAAGUUCGAGGGUAGUCACGGUCUUAGCCACGGUCACAGCGCCGCCACACCGAGUCACGUCCCAAGCAGUACAAACGGCAAUGGCUUGAACGGUGUUGCCAAAGGCCUCAAGGCCAAGAAAUCACCUAAGGGCAGGAAACACCGCUGUGGUUCGGUCAGUAGUGACUCGUCGCUGUCGUCGGUGCCGGAUGACAUGCCCGACAACUUUGCCGAGUUUAUGGAUCAGGUGGACGAUGAGGACCUUGGUGUUUCGCGCCCCAGCACGAGCGCUGCCGAGCCCAAUAAUGCGCCCACCCCAAUCCCAGCAGUCCCGACCGGGCCAAUCAGCGCACGCCAGAAGAAACCCGCAGCCAAAAGGAAGAAUGCCUCGCCCAAACCUGAUCCGUCCGCUACUCAACCUUCUCAUCCACAUGAUUCGGACAUGCCCGCCGCCAUCCUCACCAACGGUGCAGCUCAUCACCGUAUCGAAAAACACGCCACUGGCCCCAAAUCCAAACGAGAUUCUGCUGCACCUGGGGACAAGAUUUUUCAACUUAAGUUGCAGACCAAGUUGCAAAAUAUUGGCCUCACCAGCUCGCGAUCAUUUGAGAGCUUCACCCGGCAGCCCCUUGCCGCCGAUCCGUUGGAGGAGGAACUGCCGGCGCUGGCUCCCACGGAGCAGAACCGUUCUGUCCGAACGCCAGUGCUGACGCUGAGAGCAGCCAGAGCGGCCAAGAGGCACCAUGAUGAUGCCGAUCAGUCCAGCUCACCCACUGCCUUGUCCUUCAGGGCCGACUUUGAACCCUCUUCAGCACGCGACUCGAGGGCCGGCACCCCGUCAAACUUGCGGUCCACCAGGAAGCAGCGAAGUGGCGUGCGUGUUAAGAACUCGCCGAUGAAGAAGAAGGGCACUGCUGCCGGAGUUCCUCGUGGCAGUGGCGAGCGCCCCAGCCCAGUAGGCAACGGCGCAUCUAAUGACAGAGACGAUAAUGACGACUCUUGUUACACCUGUGGUGGGAAUGGCGAAUUGGUGUGCUGUGAUGGAUGCCAUUACUCGUUCCAUUUCUUGUGCAUCGACCCUCCGAUGGAUGAAAGUCUCGUGCCGGACAAGUGGUACUGCAACGAAUGCAGGCAUGUUUACUUUCCGGACCAGUUUACCGGUCACAGAGGCGCCUUUAGCUCGCUCUUGGACAACUUGGACAAGAAGAACCCUCGUGCAUUCCGCCUGCCCCAGGACAUACGAGAGCAUUUUGAGGGGGUUCGAACUGGUGCAGAUGGCGAAUAUGAGGAGAUGACGGCUAUCGGCAAGCCUAAAGUCAACAAGAAGGGCUACGAUGAGCCCUUUGACUUUUUUAAGGUCAGAAAUGCCGAGGGAAAUGCCGUUUUGUGCCAUCAGUGUCAUCAGGGCACAACGGACAAUCGCCCCAUCAUCCCCUGCUCGGUUUGUGGACUCAAUUGGCAUCUGGAGUGUCUGACUCCGCCGUUGACUAUUCCCCCGGUGCUCCGCACGUGGCGCUGCCCCUGCCAUGUGGAUGACAUGUUGACCACCGAUCUCGGCCCGGCGCACAAGUAUCGCAAGCUGAGGCAUGCCUCCAUCAUUGAGCAGACGUAUUCGCGGGGCAUGACCAACAACGGCUACAUUGAAGUCGAGGAAGAUAGUACCGAUGACGAGGCUCUGAAAGCAUUCGAGAAUCGCAACGACUACGGUCACGUCUACCGCAUACCCGAGAGCGGUAUCAAGCGAGACUUCCUCAGCCGUGUGCACAACAACCGACGCCAGGCUUUAAGGCGAUCCCACGCCUCCAACCCCGCUUUGUCGGUUGCACCUCAAGCGCCGACCAUUGCGGAGCAACAGGCAGCCUUGAACCUUUCCCAGCUGGCUAGUGACAGUGGCGUAAACCAGCUGGUUAAGGCUUUGAUUUCUCAAGCUAGUCCAGCUGUUGUGGCCAUGAUCGCUCAGGGAGAUGCUCAGCGUAUUGCCACUGGUGACUUGUCAGCAGCUGACGAGCAAGCGCUGAGAGUCAUGCUCCUUCAAAUGGAUGCCGUAAAAACCGGUAUAAUCCAACUUCUUGAGAGUCGUCAGCCCAAGACUACUCAAGAUGGCAAACUCACACCGGCGCCGCCUGCUGCUCUCGUUGCCAGCCAGAGCAUCGAAAAUGAUAGUGCAAGUACGGUUUCGCCGACCUCUUUGAAUGGCAACAGUCUCGGUAUGACUGUCAAGCAAGACAGGCAGUCUGAGAACUUUACCAUGGAAGUGGACUGAUUUCGAAAUGCUGCUUUUCUUGAUGGUGUCCCUGAUAAUGUCAACAUGAUGGCAUUGCAGUCGUUGUUGCUCUGCAUUUCAUGACAAACACUCCUACCCAUUCACAUCGGACACUCACUCCUACUACUGUCAACAUGUGACAAAUAAUGUACAAAUAUACCUCCUUCAGCGGGAGGCCCAGGCUUUCGUCCAGAAGAAAGCCUCGCAACGCGUAAAAUCCAUCACACUAAGACCCAAGGCCACACGACUGAGCAGAAUAUGCUUUAUGGGGCUCGGUUUUGAACACAGGUCUGCACCAUAGCACGUCUCAUUGAAGCAGGAAUCCCUCUCAUAUGCUAUGGCACC